GAACUGAAAUUCUACGGGACUUUGGUGAAGACAAAAAGACAAAAGUAAUGGCAUUUCACUGAUAUAUCAAUAUGCACUGCACUUGUUGGUGUGUCUGUAAACCUGUAGGUUGUGUGGUUGUCUUUUUGUCAGACACACGCUCUUCAUUCAAGACUUCUGUAAGCAGCAGUAAUAAGGAUGUGAGGAAAUCUGCUGCCUUCACCGGUCACAGGCUCACAGCCUGUACUAAGAGAUAGGAUUAGUGAAUAAGAACAGGUUGGAAGGCUACAAAGCUCCUGUCCCUUGCAAUUUCCUUCUUUAGGUUAUUAGUCUUGUCGAAGAACUUCCCUGAAUUGUCUGAGCAGAAACAGAAGAAAAGGCUGGAUUUAUUUUAUUUUUCGUGGUGUUUGGAACGUACUGCGGAGAAGGCAAGUUCUGGAUCAUAAGCUUUGCUGAAAAUGUCUCUCCAGUUGUCUCCACAGGCACCCUGGAGGAAUAACAACAUCAGUUUUCUGAGCAGGGAAGCUGCUGUCACAGAACAAGGAGAGACCAUUAUAGGCUUCUACCUACUGGCUUUAGGUUGGAUGUCUUGGUUUGGAAAUAGCGUCGUGAUUUUUGUCCUGUAUAAACAGAGACAUCUUCUGCAGCCCACUGACUACCUUACAUUUAACUUGGCUGUAUCAGAUGCCAGUAUCUCUGUGUUUGGUUAUUCAAGGGGGAUCAUUGAAAUAUUCAAUGUCUUCAGAGAUGAUGGAUUCAUUAUCACAUCGAUAUGGACUUGCCAGGUUGAUGGUUUCCUCACACUUCUCUUUGGCCUGGCUAGCAUUAACACCCUCACAGUGAUCAGUGUGACUCGCUAUAUAAAAGGCUGCCAUCCUGAGAGAGCUCACUGUAUCAGCAACAGCAGUAUGACAGUGGCUAUGGUCCUCAUCUGGAUAGCAGCCUUUUUCUGGUCAGCAGCUCCACUGCUCGGCUGGGGCAGCUAUACAGAUCGCAUGUAUGGAACAUGUGAGAUAGAUUGGGCAAAGGCCAACUUCUCUACAAUCUACAAGUCCUACAUUAUCUCUAUUUUUAUCUGCUGUUUCUUCCUACCUGUAACAGUCAUGGUCUUCUCAUAUGUGUCAAUUAUCAAUACUGUCAAAUUAAGCCAUGCAUUAACAGGACUCAGUGAUCCCACAGAGAGGCAGAGGAGAAUGGAGCGCGAUGUCACCAGGGUAUCUAUUGUUAUUUGCACAGCCUUCAUCAUUGCAUGGUCACCAUAUGCUGUCAUCUCUAUAUGGUCUGCAUAUGGUCACCCUGUGCCCAACCUUACCAGCAUCCUUGCCAGUUUGUUUGCUAAGUCUGCCAGUUUCUACAAUCCUAUCAUCUACUUCGGAAUGAGCUCCAAAUUUCGGAGGGACAUUUUUAUCUUGUUCCAUUGUGCCAAGGAAGUCAAGGACCCUGUGAAACUCAAACGUUUCAAAAACCUCAAGCAAAAACAAGAACCUUCUCAGAAAGAAGAGAAGUACGCAGCAGAAAUGCAUCCUGCACCGAGCCCCGAUUCUGGUGUGGGAAGUCCAACCAACACCCCACCUCCAGCAAACAGGGAAGAGUAUUUUGGUAUUCUUGAUACACCAUCUAAUAGCCCUGACAUCGAAUGUGAUAGACUGUAAGUUUUGUGGCCACUUUACAUAUGCACCCAACUUGUGUCCAGGAAGACCCUCUUCAGAUCACUGUCUGAGUGAUAUCCCAACUCUCAAUCCAUCUGUUUCUUGCUACAGCACUGACAACUCCACAACUCAAGCAAGUCAGAUGACAAAGAGAUACUUUCCUUCUAUGUAGGUACAGAAUGCUACAAAACACAUUACAGCAGGAGCAGCACACAGUGCCCAAAACAUUCAAUUUUCACACAUACAAAAGAAAAGGAAGGCUCACUUGUGAAGAACAGGCUAGCAAAAAAAAAUUAGCUAGCAAAAAAAAAAUACUAGUAUGUUCCUAUUCCAAUUUUAUUAAUCAUAAGAUUACAUUUCCAAAUGUAUUUUUUACUCUUCAGCAGUCCCAGCCAUAGCAGAUCUCUUCUGCUCUGUGGUGCAGCAGUUACCACUCACUGAAGAAAACACCCCACCCCCCCAAGCUGGCAGGCAAAGCUGCUCCUCCCUGAAUACAGGGGUAGAAUUGCCAUGCCCACAUGGGUAUGCAUCGGACUGCCUGUGCACACCCAACUCCACAUGUGUCUAUGCAAGUGCUAGGAGCUGUAGAUCUUGGUAUUUUGUAGUCACUGUAGGUUUAACGGAGACUUUAUACUUUUCCUUGUUUGCUUCCAGAAUUAUUUCCAUCUUCCCUGACUUUUCCAGUGAGCAGGGCCUGGAUGUAGUAUGCACAUGCCCAAAAGCUGGCUUUAACUUUCCUCAUGUGUCUCUCUAUCUCAAUUGCUUUUCUAGAUGACUGUUAAGGUGGAGCAUGAGAUGUUUUGCAGCCAAGGAAACCAAUGACAGUAAGACAGUAAGAGUAUUGAAGUGCUAUUUACAAAAUAUAA